UAGGGCUGCAGGGUUCUGGUUGAUGCACGGGACAAACUGGGGAUCCCUUGGCAGUACACCGAGAAUGAGAAGCAUGGAAUGUUUUUGAUGGCUUUUGAAAACAAAGCUGGAAUGCCCAUAGAGCCUGCCACCUUCCAGCUGUAUGUACCUGCACUGGGCGCGCUGUGGAGGGAUUCGGGAAUCAAGGAAGCCUUCAGCCGUAGGAGCGAGUAUCAGCUGGGUGAAUCGGUGAAAUACUUCCUGGAUAACCUGGAUAGGAUCGGUCAGCUGAAUUAUUUCCCCAGCAAGCAAGAUAUUUUGCUGGCUAGAAAAGCCACCAAGGGGAUAGUAGAGCAUGAUUUCAUCAUUAAAAAAAUACCUUUCAAGAUGGUGGAUGUAGGUGGACAGAGAUCUCAGCGUCAAAAGUGGUUCCAGUGCUUUGAUGGAAUAACUUCAAUUUUGUUUAUGGUCUCCUCCAGUGAAUACGAUCAGGUUCUCAUGGAAGACAGGCGCACAAAUAGACUUGUGGAGUCCAUGAAUAUCUUUGAGACAAUAGUCAAUAACAAGCUUUUCUUCAAUGUUUCUAUUAUCCUAUUCCUCAACAAGAUGGAUCUUCUUGUAGAGAAGGUAAAGACUGUCAGCAUUAAGAAGUAUUUCUCGGACUUCAAAGGCGACCCUCACAGGCUAGAAGAUGUUCAACGCUACCUGGUGCAGUGCUUUGACAGAAAGAGGAGAAACCGUAGUAAGCCGCUCUUCCAUCACUUCACCACUGCCAUAGACACUGAAAACAUCCGCUUUGUGUUUCAUGCCGUGAAGGACACGAUCCUUCAAGAGAAUCUGAAGGAUAUUAUGUUGCAGUGAAGGAGAGCAGCCAAUGUUCUGUUAAAAUUUGCCGGAGGGUUAGAUCAAAGUUUUUAUCCUUUCUUUAUGGCCCUUGCAUGUGGUGUAGGACCCAUGCUAAUUACUUGGCUCAGGAAUGCUGUAAACUAGCCAGUCCAAACAGAGGAGCUAUAGGCCGAAGGAGUCAAAUGUUGAUGUUAGCUACUGAAUCAUUUGGACUAGAAACACUACUGAAACAUGGCCGUUGUAGGUUCUGUAUCUAGUUUGGAACGCUGAAUAACACAACCACCUUCUGCCUUCUUAGAAAAAAGAAAUCUCUGACAAACCAUGUAUGGAAGACACGUUGGUUUAAAUGAAUAUGCUCAUUUUUCAGAGACACUAGUUGUACAAACUGCCUUUUCUUUGUAGUUUGGAGGUGCUGAAUCGAUCAAACAAUUCUAAAUGUAAUGAGAUUGGCAGCUGUAUUGGAGAACGUUAAUGGAAGUUCUGUUCUUCACCCUUAGGAAUAUAACCAGAUCUUGUGUGCGUGUUCAGCUUUGCCAAGGGUCUGGAAUCCACUUAUCAAGGUGGAUGCACAGCUCUUGUCUGAAGGUUUUGCGUGAGUCUCCUGAGGCAAAAGUCUAAAACUGUAUAAGGAAACCAGUGUUGGAGUAAAUCAGAUGGGAAGUUAAGGCCUCGCUGAUACAGAGAAGGGUUUAUUUUGCACUAUGUGUGAAGGUUAUUACAUCAUGGGAAAACUGAUUUCCUUGGUGAAGCAGCCUGUGCUAGAGCACCUGACCAUGUAUCUGCACAGUGGGUGCUCGAGUGAGACGUAUUUCAUGGAAAUUCAGCACUGUUCUCACACCCGCAGUUGGCAGUAUUUGUGAAGGUUCAGUAUCUCGCGUGACAGGGCUUUAUCUGUAUUCAAAAGUUUGAAAGCUGAUUAAACUCUUAAGCAAAGGUUUUGGUAGUACAGCAGCUGCUUGAUUAGUUCCCAACAGCUGACCUUAUAGGAAGACUGAACACCAUAGAGAUCCCAGUUUUACAGCUGCACUGAUGUAUUUGGACAGCAAGACCUUGCUGUAAAAUUAGCCUUUAAUCUGUGUCUUAAUGGGAUCUUUAACCUACAGUAAGGCACAUGUAAUUCUGAGUACAGUCAAGUUUGGAGUUGCCUGUUUUAGGCAGUGGUUUGUGUGUAAAAUUGCAAGAGGCUAUGAAUAAUGUUGAUGUGAACUGUUAAUUUCCUAGCGCUCUCGAUCUGUGUAACUAACUGUCAGGUGCCUUUUUUGUGUACAGACAUAUCGGAUCUUUUCCACUACAGUGGGUACAUGGACAAACUGAAGAUCUGCCUUUUAUAUCAACAUUGUAGUGCUAUACUUUAGGUAAUUUUCAAACAUAGUUUACUGUGCAAUUUUUGUCAUAGUUUUUAUCCAAGAAUAAAACCUCAAGGGCUGUUUGUACCCGUAAAAAGUCAGCAGAUUCCCUGGAGUUCUUAUCCCCUUUGAGCCUGUAAUGGCAUCUCAAAACAAGCAACAUCUUACUUCAGCUGGUAAUCCCGUGGGAAAUGUGGUCAAAAAAAGGCCUGCUCCGUUGUCCUUUCAUGUUAAUUUGGAUAAAAUCUGGAAUCUUUCUUCCCCUCUGAAGCUUGCAGAUGUUCAUAUCGGUAUUUUUGUGUAGUUUCCUAAUGUAGCAGUCUUUUGGCUUUCUUUGUGCAGGCUUCAGAGUGGAAAAGAUAUGGCUAUUUCAGUGCUAUGUAACAUGCACAGUAUCGAGGUGAGAAGCAAGUGAAAAGUUGCAGAUGGGAAAAUCUAGCUUAAAUUUGAGCAAACUUAAACAGGAAUUAGCUUCCUUGUAACAAGUCUUAUUUUUGCCAGGACCAACUCUGUCUUUUAAAUAUUUAUUCAUUUUUAACCUUGAAGGGGAAAAAUGUUACGUGACUCUAAUAUUCAGAUGGGGGGAAACUCUUAAGAUUAUUACAUUUGAAAAGGUAAAUGUUUCAACACAGAGUGAUGCAAGCAAGUUUACUCAUAGUAUAAGGUUCAUUUCUCUAAGCUAGCCCAUUUGUUUGGCUGAAGACUAAGACUGUUUUCAAAGUUUUCAAAAAUUCUUGGAGUUCUUGGUAGUGGUUUCCACUUCACACAGGACACUGGGAAAGAGGCGGCGGUUAUGGGCUGACCUGACUUCUAAGUUGACUUGACUUUAUUUCCUAGUUUGCUGUGAACUUUAUUCUUUCACUAAAUUUUCUAGAUGGGUUAAUAUUAUGUUUGUUUUCUCAAAUGAGUUAAACAUUCCCUUUCAACUGUAUUUUUUCUCAAGAAUUACCUCAGUUUUAUGUCUGAAUCUACUGUAGUUCUACCUGGGAGGCAUAGCAUGGAAUUUCCUGUUCUGUUUUUCUCUUCAUGCUCACCCAUGGUUUCGUAUCCUUAGUCACCUUAUGGAUUUAAAAUUCUGAACAGAGCUAAUAAUGCAACUUAUAUUUUAAGUAACUUAAUCUGCACCUGGAAAAGAAACAGUAUGAGAUAUCUCAUAUUGAGCUCUCAAGCAUUUUUUUUGUAUGAUUUUGCAGUUUUGCACACUAAAUCAGAGUUUUAGGGAACCGGUUUGAUCACCUCAGGCCCAUUAUUGCCUUUCUUCUAUUUAUUGAUAAAAUGGGCCUAAGCGUGACGCUGCAGACUGCAGAUGAAAAUCAGUAGUUUGGCUCUGUAGGUUCUGUGUUCUGUCAAACUUUGAUAGUGAUGGUUCGCACCAGGAAGCCAAGAUCAGGAAACUUCUUGCAAAAGUCAAGCAUUUCUCAAGUUUGCAAAGGAUCUGGCCCAUGAGUAAAAAGGACUUUUUUUUUUUUAAGUGGCAGCUUUCUCUGCAAAAUACACUCCACUUCUUGCCACAACUGUGGGGUUUUGUGUUUGUUUUUUUUCAAGGUAAGUUGUAGUAUAAUAAAGCCAGAAAAUCAUGUUAUGGUAAAUCAGUUAGUUACUAAAGCAGAACUUAGGUAGGUUAGGUUGUACAAACAUCUCGGGACAGGCUUGGUCGGUUGCUUAGUCCUUUCACAAGAAAUAAAUAAAACUUUAUUUUAAGUGACAUCCUGAAGAAAUUUGCAGGUAAACACAGCUGGAGAUAACAUCUUUUUUUGUUAACUUUAUAGGCUUAUUGUUCAUUUGGCUAGUCAGGAAAUGGGUCACAGGCAGGAUGAUAAUCAGAUGGAGACCUUGAACAACUACAUCUUAAAAAAAAAAAAAGGCAAGCAGCCUUUUGCUGUCCCUCCUCUGACACCCGCAGGUCAGUGACCAGUGAUGGGGUGUUGCAAACGGGUUGUCUUUCGCAAGGACAAAGAGAGGAAGUGCUUGCAGCAUGUGCUUGCAGGAGACACUUACGUAAUCUGCAGUUUAAGUAGAAAAACGAAGUAAAUGGGAGUCAUUUAUCAAACACUACUUUGUAUUUGUUGUCCUCAAAUCAGGCUUUAAGCUAAUAUAGUGUGUCAGUCAGUACCAUUCCUUCAGAUUGCAGUGCUGUCAUCCUCUGAACAGUUCUUAGAUGGCAUUAUGAGGUGACGUGGUGAAUUGGAAUUAAAAAGGAAGAACAGUUUUCUGUAAGUGACGUAUUUAAUAGGCAGUUGUCACUUUGAUAGAAUUAAAUAGUUCUUAAUGUUGAAAAUGAAUUAGUAUUGAUUAUGGAAUGGAAAUUACUGGCCACUCAACUUUACACUACAACUCAAAGAUGCUUCCAGUUUGAUACAAUGAAUUGAUCUUAAUCUAUGCUGCCAUAGUAAAUAAAAUAUUUGACUUAAUAUAUUCAGUUUUUUUAAAAUACUGCUGUGUAAAACCUAGAACUAGGCAUGUUACAAGCAUGAAGAAGAUCCUGAAGAUGACCGUUUAUAGGCUUUCUGAGCUGACUAAAGCCUGAACCCCAGCCAAGCAGACAGAGUGGAGAAACUAACAGCAAGAAAACUGUAGUGAAAUGGAGUAGGAAGAGCUCAUCUGUAUGUGGCACUGCAGACAAAACUGUAAUUCCACUAGGAUAGCUACAGUAGUUUUUGGUAUGAAAAAUGGUGCAUUUGAAAAGUGUGUCCCAUCCUGUCUGUGUGUUGUCCCCCCAUCCCCAUGU